AACAGAUAAGAAGACAGACACGAAGCUACAAGAGAUAAAGAAAUGCAGAAUAGAAGUGUGAACUAAUAUUUAACCUUUUAAUAAUGGGAGAACUUCAAGCAGGCAAAUCGCCGUUCAAAACAAAAAGCACUUAUGAUGAGAAACUCAAAGUUUGGUGUGGUGGCGAAAGGCGGAGUCUAUCUUCCCCCGACUUGUCCAUCGGUGAGACAAUUUUCUGGCAAAUGGAACGUCAUCCGAAAUUAAACCCCCAGAUCUCCUUUACGGAUGGCACUGUGCUCACUUGGGAAGAACUGCAGGCAAACGCAAUGCGAGUGGCACGUUAUAUGCGAAACUUGGGCCUGGAGCAAGGUGACUUCGUGGGGAUCAUUGGCAGACUCACCACUCACUUGAUGGCGCUGGCCUGCGCCUGUUUCUUCAAUGGACCUCCAUACCAUGCCCUGCACACUGAAUACGAACAGUCGACCAUCGGGAGACUAUUUGGAAUCACCAAGCCACGCCUAAUCUUUUGUGAUGGAAAUGAGUUUGAAAAGGUUCGAGCAGCCACCAAAGACCUUCAAGUGAAGAUAGCUACCAUGCGCAAUCAUCCAGAGGGUGCACUACGGAUCCAGGAUAUUCUGACCACUCCAGUGGAGCAGAAUUAUCAGCCAACCCGCUUAAGACAUGGCAAUGUCCACACACUGGCCAUUCUAAGUUCUUCUGGGACCACGGGAGUUCCAAAGGCAGUCACCAUCAGCAACAGUCAUCAGCUCAUUGUGAACUUCCUCCUCAUGAAGAGUUCGUUGGUUCAGUACACCUCAAGCACCCUGGACUGGUUCUCGGGUUUAUCAUUGACUAUUGUAUGUGGCGUUUUUAGCACGACCAGCAUUAUUGCAGACAAUGACUUUGAUGCAGGUCUCUUAUGUGACAUAAUUCAGAAGUACAAGAUCUCGUUGGUGUGUUUGAGUUCCUCAAACUUAGCCAGGUUUGCCAAUGGUCCCGCCUUCGAAUCGAGUGAUCUAUCCUCUCUGAAGUACCUAUUUUAUGGAGGCUCAAACUGUUCCCUGGAAGUCCAGCAGAGAGUGCGCCACCGUGUUGGCCAUUGCCUACACUUUUGUUAUGCCCUCACAGAACUUAACUCCCUUGGAUGCGUGAACUUUAACUUUGAUGAGAAACCCAAUUCGGUGGGCCGUCCUGUUAACGGAAUUCAAGUUAAGAUCAUCAACGAACAGGGCGAGGCUCAGGGACCCAAUAAAUUUGGUGAGAUCUGCUUCAAUAGCGGCCAGAAAUGGGCUGGCUACUAUAAGAACCCCGAGGAAUCUCAAAUAAUUCAGGACGCCCAGAACUGGCUUCACACCGGAGACCUGGGCUACAUGGACGAGGACGCAUACCUUUUUGUUAUGGAUCGCUUGAAGGAUAUGCUGAAGUACCAGAACAUCAUGUACUAUCCCAGCGAGAUAGAAAGUGUCAUCGCCGAGAUGCCGAAUGUGGUGGAGUCUUGUGUCUUUGGCAUAUGGGAGCCAGUAAAUGGAGAUGAGGCAGCAGCCUUGGUGGUCAAGAAAGAGGGAACCCAACUGGAGGCCCAGGAUGUUGUGGACUACGUCAGGAAGCGUAUCACCGCCAAGUACAAGCAGCUGAAUGCAGGUGUUUUAAUUGUGGAUCAAAUCGCGGGAAGUGGAAAUAGGAAAGCAAACAGAUCAGCAGCAAAAGCCUACUUUUUAGAACAUUUUAACAAUAAUUAGACUGUUACAACGCUAAUUUAUUAUAUUAUUAUAUUAAUUUACAAGGCGCUAUAUUUAAAUAAUUAAAUAAAUAAGGUAUUCCUUGAAAGCAAUUCCAAUCAAUACUUCUUCUAAUUCCUCA